AUCCCGUCUCAUCUUUUUGCGCCUCUCCUCUACUCGGAUAUUUCUUGACUAUAGCUAAUCCCUGCAGAUUGAUCUUCCAGCUGCAGGUAGGUGGAUCCAGUCUCCUUCUUGUGCCCCUCCUAUACUCGGAUGGUUCUUGAGUAUAGCUGAAUCGCCGCAGAUUGAUCUUCCAGCUCUCUUCAUUUCUAUGCAUGCAACCCUAAGACCUCUCCUCCUUUCGAUGUAUGCAACCUCAACCUGAUCCAGUCUUAUCUUCCCGCGCCUCUCGUCUACUUGGAUGUUCCUCGAGUAGCUAGCUGGAUCCCCAAACGGAUCCUCUAGUCUUCUUCUUCCUCGCACACCCGUCGAUCCACCUGCUGCCACCGGUCGAACCAUAGUCAGUGUCGCUGCUGCGCCGCCUCGAUCACCUUGCCCUGCCUGAGCCACACCUAAGUGGUUAUAGUGGAUAGUGUGAAAUUGAUUGCACAUCAGAUACAUCAUACAUGGAUCAUGAGGUCCUGGAGCGUAUACUUGAUGGAAGAGAAAAUCCGACAAAUCUAUCACUCUCACUUUUGAAGGAUAUCACCGAAAAUUUCUCAGAGGAUCGAGAAAUCGGCCAUGGUGGAUUUGCAACUGUUUAUAAGAUUAUAGAUGAUACAGUCGGUUGGGUCCUUUGUAUGGAUGCACAUCAGACAGAGCCAUUGAUUAUAACCGGUCACGAAUCUGGUUAUGUUCAGAUUUGGAACUCUGACACGCAGAAAGUGGUCGCUUCGAUUAAGGUCUCGCAGGAUAUAGUAAGCAAAGUUAAAUUUAUUGCACGAAAGAGGUGGAUUGUGGCUGCGUCACGUGAUUGUUUCGUCCAUGUGUACAAGUAUGAAAAGGAACUCGAAACGGUCACGAGCUUCAAAGUUCACGAUGGUGACUUUGUCUGGUGUUCAUUAGACGUUCAUCCGACCCAGCCGUAUGUGCUGUCAGGUUGUUUUGGGCAAAUAAAGCUUUGGGACUGGGACCAGGACUGGAAUUGCAUACAGACAUUUGAAAAAGAGCACUCAGAUGAUAUUAGGGAACUAAAAUUUAACCCAGAGGACACCAACAGUUUUGCAAGUGCUUCAGAUGAUUAUACAGUAAAGGUUUGGAGUCUUGAUUCUCCCAAAUCCAAGUAUACUUUGUUUGGGCAUUCACAUCACGUGUACUGCCUGGAUUUCUUCAAGCGUGAUGGUCAGCAGUAUUUGAUUAGUGGCUCUCGGGAUGACACUGCCAAGAUAUGGGACUUGCAGAAGAAGGAGUGUGUUCAUACACUCGAACAUGAGUAUGAAGUAGUCUGUUACGUCUUUGCCCAUCCCAGUCUUCCAGUUCUAAUUACAGGUGGUCGCGAUGGUGCUGUUCGUGUGUGGAGCUCCACUGAUUUCAGGCUGAAGAAAAAGCUUGAGGUCGGUGCGCCGGUUUAUGGUCUCGCAUGUUUGAUGGGGUCAGAAAGGGUUGCAGUUGCACACUUUGAUGGAGUGUCGGUGAUGGAAAUUGGUGAUGAAGAAGGACAAGGUGGUUGUGAAGGCAGCAGCAACGAGAAUUCCAUAGCAGCUAUAGAUUCUUAGGAAACCCAACGCCAAUCGAGAGGACUGCUAGUACGUCUACGCAGUCUAUGCUAACACGGGCAUAAUGAAUUUCCAGAUCCGGAAACUUGAACGACUGAUUGGAGAUGAACAGUACCUGUCUGCUAGUACGUCAACUCUCUAGCAGGUGGCAACAGCUUGUGUGCAGAAGAUGAUAAUUUCACCAAGAUUACUUUUUGUUUUCCGCUAGGAAAUUGCACUUCUGUCUGAAGCGUAUACAAACGUGUAAAUUAACAAUCUCAUUGCUGGAGAUCUAUUCAUACAUUAAUAACUGACUGAUA